AUUAACAUCUGUCAGAGCUGUCACUUUUCAGUCAUAGCUGCAACAUUCACCUGUGUUAUGUCAAGAUAAAAAUUUAUAUUGUACAUUUGAAUCGAUUUUAACUUUUGCAAAAUGGCUAGUGGUCUAGCUAAACUACAUUUUAAAUUAAAGCCCCAAUUUUCGGCCGUUCCAUUAUGGUGUGUUCGUUACCAAGGUACACAAGCACCACCCCCUGGCACUCCACCACCACAAACUAAAACCAAAUUUGGACCACUAGCUGAUCAAGAUCGCAUAUUCACCAAUCUCUAUGGACGUCAUGAUUGGCGUCUAAAGGGUGCAUUGAAACGCGGUGAUUGGUACAAAACUAAAGAAAUUGUUUUAAAAGGACCCGACUGGAUCAUCAAUGAAAUCAAGACAUCCGGUCUUCGAGGACGUGGUGGCGCAGGUUUCCCCAGUGGAAUGAAGUGGUCUUUCAUGAACAAGCCAUCCGAUGGCAGACCAAAGUACUUGGUUGUAAAUGCUGACGAAGGAGAGCCCGGAACCUGCAAGGACAGAGAGAUCAUGCGACAUGAUCCUCAUAAGCUUGUCGAGGGUUGCCUAAUUGCUGGACGAGCAAUGGGAGCACAAGCUGCUUACAUUUAUAUUCGAGGAGAGUUUUAUAACGAAGCAUCUAACAUGCAAUUGGCUAUUGCCGAGGCAUACCAAGCCGGACUCAUUGGCAAAAAUGCAUCUGGGUCUGGUUACGACUUUGAUGUUUUCAUGCACCGAGGUGCUGGAGCUUAUAUUUGCGGAGAGGAAACUGCUCUGAUUGAAUCGCUCGAAGGAAAACAGGGUAAGCCAAGACUAAAGCCUCCAUUUCCAGCUGAUGUCGGUGUAUUUGGUUGCCCAACAACUGUAACGAAUGUCGAAACAGUGGCAGUUGCACCAACAAUUUGCCGAAGGGGAGGAAAUUGGUUUGCAAGUUUUGGUCGUACACGAAAUUCUGGAACUAAGUUGUUUAAUAUUUCGGGGCAUGUAAAGACUCCAUGCACUGUUGAGGAGGAAAUGUCAAUUCCACUUAAGGAAUUGAUUGAGAGACAUGCCGGAGGGGUGACUGGUGGUUGGGAUAAUUUGCUUGGAAUAAUUCCUGGUGGCUCGUCUACUCCAGUGAUUCCAAAAUCAGUUUGUGAUGAUGCUAUUAUGGAUUUCGAUGGGUUGAUUGCAGCUCAAACUUCUUUGGGAACUGCUGCUAUCAUUGUUAUGGAUAAGUCGACCGAUAUAAUUAAAGCUAUUGCACGAUUGAUAUCUUUCUAUAAGCACGAAAGUUGUGGACAAUGUACACCAUGUCGAGAAGGCAUUGGAUGGAUGAACAAAAUUAUGGCCCGAUUUGUUGCUGGAAAUGCUCAGCCAUCCGAGAUUGAUAUGUUGUGGGAAAUAUCAAAACAAAUUGAAGGACAUACAAUUUGUGCUUUGGGAGAUGGUGCAGCUUGGCCUGUCCAAGGUUUAAUAAGGCAUUUCCGACCUGAAAUUGAGGCAAGAAUGAAACAACAUGCAGGAAAAGCUGCUGCAAAAGCUUAAAAACUUUGCAUUAUAUUAAUUAAAAUAAAUAGCUUUUGUUUUUUUUCUGCCUAAAAUCGAAUUAAUUAAAAUAUUUACAUAUUUAGGCAAA